CAAUUCAAUUCUGAUAUUAAAUUUAUGACUUAGGAAUAAAAAUUUUGUGAGUGAUGAGUGCAACAGGCAAGCUAAAGAAUGUGGUGGCUGCGGCGGUGGUUCGAGGAGUAACGGAAGCAAGAGCACAAAUAUUUGGGCACGUACUUAAUCCUACGUCCAAAAGGUCCGCUCAUAAGGUACUAAGGAAGAAGCUAAUAGGUGACAAAGUUGCUGAGUGGUAUCCUUAUGACUUGAAGCAUACUAUACCAAAACAAUUGGUAGAAGUAGAAGAGAAGGAAAACCAAGAUAAUCAAAAGAAAAAGUUUAGGGUUAAAAAGGCUGAGUGUUGGUCAGCGCCCAAGUAUUUUAGUCAAACUACUGGAUUUUGGUCGGCGACUUCUUACAACGAUAAUAAGAAGAAACAACAAGCAAUGGAGAAAAAGAAAGAAUUAAGGAUUAAACGGAAGAACAAGUAGAUUAACUCUAUCAUGUCUUUCACGAUUUAUGAAUG